AUGCGCCAGUUUUUCGGCCGGGGGCAAGACAUCAAUGAACUUUUCAGCUACAACCACGUGGAUGCCCAAGGAAAAGAAUGGCUUGUGGAGCAGCUUCGACAGGCGUUUGGGAGAACAGACGUUCACGCUUUCUUCGUCUACUAUACCGGGCACGGCUACGGUAGCGACGGGGCGUGGUACUUCGGGCCAGGAAGAAACAAUCGUUUAGCUCCUGCAGAUCUAUUUCGGUUGUGGCAGGAAAGUCUGUCUGGACAGAGUGGCGAGUCGGUGCUGAUCAUCAUCAGCGAUAGUUGCUAUAGCGGGCACUGGGUGGCGGCGGCUGAGAGAGCCGAAACAAAUACUGUUGCCGUGCAAUCAGCGACUGAUCAGAAAAACAAGUCGUUUGACGAUGAAAAAACCGGUGGAAUGUUCACAUACAAAGUUUACAACCGCUGCAGCCAUGUGUUUCAGUCUGUGUUCAGUGUCACUGGCUUUUUCACUGCCUUUGGCCACGGAGUGUGGAUGAUAUGCAAAGAAGCUGCCAGAUUAUUUCAAUCAACAGAAGAAAAUGCACUUUUCCCGCAAUUCUACAUGUCGGAUCAAUUCAAACAGAUCAUGAGUCGACGUGGAGGGACUAUACAACCGUGGAAGGUCAUUAACAACGGAAGAUUCCUCCUCAUUGACACAUUUGAGUGGAUCAUGUUUCGCUGA